AUGACUACUACUCAACGGAGUGAGAGUAUGAAUAAUGUGAUUAAAAAUUAUGUCAGCUAUCAACAUAAUUUAUUGAGGUUCUUUGAGCAUUUUCAGAGGUUAAUUGAAGAUCGUCGUUAUGAAGAACUAAAGGCUGAUUUCAAAGCGACUCAAAGUACUCCAUCGUUAUCAUUUCCAGUUGAAAUUCUAAAAGAUGCAGCAAGUAUUUACACCCCAACAGUAUUCAAGGUGUUCCAAGAUGAGUUAUGUAAGGCUUAUGAUUGUGCUAUGCAAAUAUUUGAUCAUAUUGGGACAGUGACGGAGUACAAACUUACCAAUCAUAAAAAACAAUUUCAGCAUACUGUUAGAUAUGAUUUUUCUGAUAACACAGUGAUUUGUAGUUGUAGAAAGUUUGAGUUUACAGGAAUUUUAUGCUCCCAUGCUCUUAAAGUUCUUUCUUCAAAGGAUAUAAAGAAAAUUCCUAUACAAUAUAUAUUGAAACGAUGGACAAAAUCUGCAAAGUUAGGAAAUUCUGAAUUUGUAUUUGCAAAUACAAUAAAUGAAGACCCUAAAGUAAGUUUGGCAAGACAUUAUAAAGAUCUGUGUAGAUUGCAAACUCAAGUGGCAACGAAGGCAGCAGAAACAGAAGAAACAUAUAAAAUUGCAAGAACUGCUCUUGCUAAGAUUUUAGAAGAUGUGGAUGCAUAUUUAAAAGACAAUAAUAUUGGAAAAUCCAUUUCUAAAAUCGUAGAGACUACAACCGUACCAAGUGCUAGUGAGAAGAUUAAAGGAAUUAAAAAUAAGAAAAGAGUACGGGGAAAAUCUACAAGGCCAAGAAAUGCUCUUGAAAGGGUGCGAAAGAAGAAAAAUGUUGCACUUGGAGAACCAUCUCAGCAACAGUCACAUGCUAGUGAAAUAGCAGAUAAUGAUGUUUCUUCUAAUUUUAAUAGUCAAGAUCUAUUAAACUUGCCAUUCAACAUUGUGCCUGGAUACCAUGAUGAUCAAGUUCGUAGUCAUGUUGCUUCAACAAAUUUGAUUCAGAAUACAAGUAUGUUGAAUCUAUUAGAACAGGUGCAUGCAAUCCCCCAAGAGCACUAA